UCAUAAUUAUUUAAUAUUUAUAUAUAACAUUAUUUUUCAUUUACACAUUACUUAUAUAUUUUCAUGAACAAAAUUUUUCAAAAAAUUUUCCAACUAAAUUUGUCUGUUUAUUAUCACUAUAUUUUCACUUUUUUAUUAUUUUUAUUAAAGUUUUUAUUAGUUUUUAUUUAAGAAUUUUAUUAUGAUUUUAAUGCGAGCUUUUUAAUUCAUGAAAUUACUUUAGUUUUCUUCUUAUCAUGUCGGAUUACAAUUUGUCCUUCCUUCCACAAUCGUUGGGGAAGUACUUGACUCCAUACGUUCCCUUCGCUCUGGGAGGCCUCUCUGGAUGCACCUCAACCUUGAUUAUUCAGCCUGUAGAUAUGAUCAAGGUUAGAAUCCAAGUACUUGCAUCCACACAAAACCGUAAUUUAUCACCUUUUACAGUUUUUUCAAACAUUUUGAAGAAUGAAGGUUUUUUAUCAUUUUAUAAAGGACUGGAUGCAGCUUGCGUCAGACAGCUUUUAUACACAACGACGAGAUUGGGGUUGUUCAGAACCACUUCUGACUACCUGAAGAAGAGGAACAACACCAACAGCAUACCAUUUUACCAAAAAUGUCUUCUAAGUUUGUUUUGUGGAGGUGUUGGCGCCGUUGUCGGAAAUCCGGCAGAUUUGGCGCUGGUUCGAAUGCAGUCUGACCUCUCCCUCCCCGCCGAACACAGAAAGAAUUAUACGGGACUAUUUAACACAAUAUAUAAAAUAGUUAGGGAUGAGGGUCUGUUUAACCUGUGGAAGGGUUCGUUUCCCACAGUGGUUAGAGCUAUGAGCUUGAAUUUGGGAAUGUUGUCUUCCUUUGACCAGACGAAGGAGUUUUUGGCCAAAUAUUUGAAGGAAGGAACCUUGCCUCACGUUUGCCUUUCUAGCGCAGUGGCUGGGUUCUUCGCAGUAACUCUUAGCCUUCCGUUUGAUUUCGUGAAGACUUGCAUACAGAAGGAAAGUCAGAAAGGAACAGCCUACAGUGGGAUUUUUGACUGUAUUGUAAAAAAUUACAAGCAAGGAGGAGUUCCGAGAUUCUAUUCAUCCUACGCUACGUAUUAUGUGCGCGUGGCUCCUCACGCAAUGCUUACGUUGAUCCUUAUGGAUACAUUUACAAGGUUACUUAAGAGAAGAGAUACCACUCAGGAGAAGAGGGCAUAAUGUUUAUGUUUGUAUUCUAUGGACAUUUAAAUUUAAUGGCUAGUGUGUUUUAAAAAUAUUAAAACAUUAAGGUGUUAAAAGUUUAAUUUCAUAGCUUUCAA